CUGGCAACACGGAUUAAUCAUCUGCACCACGCGAUUUUGAGAACAAAAUCGGUCUUUCGAAUAUCAAAUUAUUUUACAAAUAAAUUCAAUUAUUUACGAUGCUUGGACAGCAACCGAUUUUAGUUUUGAGCCAAAAUACAAAACGUGACUCCGGUCGGAAGGUUCAAUUGGAUAAUAUUCGCGCUGGAAAAACGAUAGCGGACGUUAUUCGAACAUGCCUUGGUCCACAAGCUAUGUUGAAAAUGCUAAUGGACCCGAUGGGUGGUAUUGUGAUGACAAAUGACGGCAAUGCUAUUCUCCGCGAGAUCACAGUACAACAUCCAGCAGCUAAGUCAAUGAUAGAAAUUGCGAGAACACAAGACGAAGAGGUUGGCGAUGGCACAACAUCAGUAAUAGUUUUAACUGGAGAAAUGCUAGCAGUCGCAGAACCCUUCCUGACUCAGAACAUACAUCCUACAGUCAUUAUCAGAGAAUUCCGCCAGGCUUUGGAAGAUGCGGUCAAACUGCUUCAGGACAAAAUCUCCAUUCCAAUUGACUUGAAUGACAGAGAUAAGUUGAAGGAAGUGAUCCGAUCAUGCAUAGGCACCAAGUACAUUGGUCGCUGGGCAGAUCUUGCUGUUGAUAUCGCUCUGGACGCUGUCAAUACUGUCACUAUUGUUGACAAUGGCAGAGUGGAGGUUGAUAUUAAGAACUAUGCUAAAGUAGAAAAGAUUCCUGGAGGUACAAUUGAGGAGUCCCGUGUACUGAAUGGAGUGAUGUUUAACAAAGACGUCACUCAUCCGAAGAUGCGUCGCCUUAUUGAGAAUCCCCGCAUUGUGUUGCUUGAUUGCUCGUUGGAAUACAAUAAGGGAGAGAGUCAGACAAAUGUUGAAGUGUUUGGUGAUCAGGACUUUACAAAGCUGCUCCAGUUAGAAGAAGAGUUUGUGAAGCGUCAAUGUGAAGAUAUCAUAGCUCUGAAGCCAGAUCUUGUGGUGACGGAGAAGGGUGUGUCAGAUCUGGCACAGCAUUAUCUGGUGCAAGCUGGUAUUACUGCUGUCCGUAGACUACGUAAGACAGACAACAAUCGUCUGGCACGUGCGUGUGGUGCGACCAUAGUGAACCGUACUGAGGAGUUGAAGGAGAGUGAUGUGGGCACUGCCGCUGGCAGGUUUGAGGUCAAGAAGAUUGGUGAUGAAUACUUCACCUUUGUAACACAGUGCAAGAACCCUAAGGCGUGCACAAUUCUUCUCCGCGGUGCGUCAAAAGAUGUGUUGAAUGAAAUCGAGAGGAAUCUUCAAGAUGCAUUACACGUCGCUAAGAACUUGGUAUUGAACCCGCGACUUGUUGCUGGUGGUGGUGCUGUGGAGAUGGCUGUGUCAGGCGCGCUGGCCGCCAAUGCAGCUCACAACACACCAUACCGUGCUGUGGCACAGGCACUUGAGAUAAUCCCGCGCACGUUGGCGCAGAACUGCGGCGCAAAUACUAUCCGUACACUGACAGCAUUGCGCGCGCGUCACUCCGCCGGUGUCAGUACUGCUGGGAUAGACGGAGAGACCGGAGAGAUAGUAGACAUGGCAGCCAAAGGCAUAUGGGAACCACUCGCUGUUAAGAUGCAGGUUUACAAGACUGCGGUAGAAACGGCAAUUUUAAUUCUGCGAAUCGACGACAUUGUGUCAGGUUCUAAGAAGAAGUCUGACAAGGAGCCGACUGCGCCCGCCGCCAUGGCUGCAGGACAGGAGUAAAUGUCUGCGUUUACACUGUUUAAACACUUGUAUGAUAACAUAAUGUCUUGCUUAUUCUCGUUGAAAAGACCAGAGACAAUAUGUUGUACAAGUAUCAGAUAAUGGAAUUUCACAUUUAACACUGUCGCAUUUAUGGAUGAAAUUGUUACAAAUGCUAACACUUAAAUAUAUUAGGUUUAUACAAUUAAUGUCUAAUGAAUUAACCCUUUUGCCUAACACCUAGAAAAAUAUUGUCAAAUAAAUUCCAAUA